AUGAAGCUAGGAAUCGUCAUUCUUCUCAUAACCAUACCAUCUAUCUACUCACAGCUUUACGCUAUAGCUAGCGGUGGAGCUAGUGGAGGAACUGGAGCAGCAGGCGGUUGUUGUUGUCCGGGAUAUUUGAGAUUCGCCGGACGAGCUGCUUUGAAUUGCAACUGUAACUCGAACCAAGCCGGAGGCGGAUGCCCUCCUUGCUGUCCAUGUCCAGGACAAUCAGUAUCGCAGUUCUCGUACGGAGGAUAUGGCGCGGCAUCCACUCCUGGGACCUUCAUUCUGAAUGCCUGCGUCCCGGCAUGCUGCCCAGGAAGCAUGUCCGGUGGUGUCCCUGUGAACACGUACUCGAGUACACAAGCCACUACUAGCGCCAACUUGGGUUCAAUGUUAGGAGGUGGAUCGAUGUUGGGAAUGAAUCCGUUGCUUGGAUAUUAUGGUAUGAUGGCAAGUCGUAACAUGAUGAUGGGACCGAUGAUGGGCCCGAUGAUGGGACCAAUGCUCAAUAUGUUUGGUUAA